AUGAAUACCUGGCUGUUCCACACCAAUAACAGGCUGAAACAUCAAACAUCUGGGAAGCCUGCCAGUCUGUCCAGGCAGGAAGAAGAUACAAUGGACAGCAGGACUGGCUUUGAGCAGGACAGAGACUGUGUCACUUCAGGGCAUGGCCAGGGGCUGAAAUUGGAACCCUGUUUCCAGACUGACUCUCUUUUGCCUUCCCCCAAUGCAUCUCUGAUGCCACAGUUCCUCAGCCACACAAUGGCUGGCAAGAACCUGGAUCCCACCAUCCUUUUCCCUUCUUCUCAGGCAGUGGCCCUGCCUCAUGAGUACAAAUGUGGUACAUGUCCUGGAGAAGAAGCACAAGCCCUGGCUUUCCCCAGGACCCGUGCCCUGGCUCCUGUGCCCUGUGCUGGUGACCAGCUCUCCAACCAGCAGCCACGGGAGCAGCUCUGCGACCAGCACUUACGAGCCAAACGGGCCAGGGUGGAGAGCAUCAUCCAGGGCAUGAACCUCCCACCAACCCCUCAGGCAUUUGACACGAGCCCAGAAGCAGCUUUCAGGCAUGAGAGGGAAAGGGGUGGUGAGAUGCCCCAGGAGAGCAAGAGAAAGCCAAGGGUGCCCCAGCAGGGCGAGGGGGCAGCUGGACGAGUGGCUCCCACAGGGGAAACUUCCCAUGCCAAGGGCUGUCGGCAGCUGAAGGAGCAGCUCUGCUUUUUAGAGCAGCAGUUGAGGUGGCUUCAGGAGAAGUUCUACCAAGUCUGUGACUCUGAGGAUGCUCCCCAAAUCCAGGAAGAGUCUGAGAAAGUACAGCCACUGCCUGGAAAGGCAGAAGACAGACUGAACAAGGACAGUGCUACUGCCACCAGCAACCCACACAAAGUGCCUCUCAGGAGGCGUGUCCUGAGUGGGCUGGAGGAGGCUGAGGACAGAGGUGACACAGGUGGCCUGCCCUCGGUGGUGAGGGUACUCUCACAGUCACUGAAGCACGAGCUUGCUGUGGUGACAUCCCAGGUAGUGGACUCCGUCCUGAAGGCUGUCUGGCCGAAGGCAGACAGACACAUCCAGAAGCAGCACCACAGCCUUCCGAUGCUGGGGCCAGGUGCCAGGAGAGAGUAUUCUGCUGGCUGGAAAUGCAGAAAGCCACUUGCUAAGCCAUCUCCCAUGAGUGCACCAGGCUCCCUGGGCUCACUUCAAGCUGAGGUCCUGCCAGGAGCUUUGGGGAAGAGCCCAGGCUCUUAUACUAGCUCCUUCAGUUCAAAGGGGGUCAAAAAAUCCUCUCAGGUACCCAGCAUGGGUUAUUCACUGGGCUUGGCCACCCCUGCCCAGCACAGCCAGCUGCUGAGCCAGCUGUUGGGCUACAGCCAGCACAACCCCUGGGGCAGCGACCCCCAUGAGAGCCCAUCUGCUCUGGAGAGGGAUUGUCCAGAGCCCCUCAACUUGCACUGGGGAACCAUUAAACUGAGGUCAUCAACUGUGAGACAGCAGCAGCACCAUCCCCUGCCCCUGAGCCCUGCCAACAUGGAGAGCCUGGCACUACUCCCGGCUGGCAGGGAUGGCCACAGCCAUGAGGGGCUAUUGUGGGCACUGGGCGUGUAUGUGUCCGGGGUGGUGCUCAGGAACAUGCCGAGCUCGGGGUUUGCUACGCGUAGGCUUUCCUUGACCCCAAGGCAGAUGCAGGAGGCGCUGACCCCCGGGCACCUGAAGAAAGCCAAGCUGAUGUUUUUCUUCACCCGCUACCCCAGCUCCACUCUGCUGAAGACCUACUUCCUUGAUGUGCAGGUAAAAGAGCAGCUAGAGCUGGGCUGGGAGGAUCCAAGCUGGCAUAACACCAUCCUCUGGCUCUCCCCCCACCAGUUCAGCCGCUGCAUCACCUCCCAGCUCAUCAAGUGGUUCAGCAACUUCCGUGAGUUUUACUACAUCCAGGUGGAGAAGUUUGCCCGGCAGGCCCUGCUGGAGGGUGUUGUGGACGCUUGCACUCUCCAGGUCUCCCGGGACUCAGAGCUCUUCCGUGCCCUCAACAUGCACUAUAACAAGGGGAAUGACUUCGAGGUGCCAGGGCGGUUCCUGGAGGUGGCCAGCCUGACACUGCAGGAGUUCUUCAGUGCCGUCAGGGCAGGCAAGGAUGCCGACCCCUCCUGGAAGAAACCCAUUUACAAAAUAAUUUCCAAACUGGACAGUGAUAUCCCAGAAGGGUUCAAAGCUGCUGGCUGCUCCCAGGAACUGCUCCACAGCUGA